UGAUCAUUUUGGACAGGAGUUUGUUUGUUUACAAAUGGCGGAUGCAAGAAUUUUUAAAAAUUUGCUAUGAUAUAAAUUAGAUUCUAUCACAUUAUGAUGUGAAGUUGUUUGUUCUUCUGCAUUAUGCACAUGCUAUAUAUGUGAACAUUAAGAGAUAACAAAAUGCAGCGUAGAAAUCCAGGAGCAACUGCUGCAUUGCUACAAAGAGCCAACAGUCAGCUGAAGGGAGAAAAAAUUGAAAAGCCAGAGGAUGAACUUAAUGCCUACAUUAGUUCAUUAACACAGAAAACUUCCAAACAACAGAAGACUGUUAACUUUGAAGAUCUUGGUGAUAGUAUUUCCAUAUCAAGUGAUAUUGAAGAUGUGCGAAUUCAGGCAAAACCUGCCCCAGAAAUUUCUUCAGGUAGUAAAUUUUUGAAAAAGAAGCCAGGUGCAGUCGGAGAUGAGAAUGUAGAACCGGCAGGGAAUAAAUUUCUGAAGAAACCUCAGGUCUCGGCCACUUCUCCAUCUCCAGCUGUUAAAUCUCAGCCUGCUCAAAGGUAUGGUAGUCAGUCUGUUCAGAGUGCAGGGUCCAGUAGACCAGUCAGUCAACUUGGGUCAAGCAGACAAGCCUACAGUGCCCUGGAUAAGGCCUCGGCACUAACAGGCAAGAUUCAGCAGAGAGCAGCCACGCGCAAGACCUACACCCUUGAGUCUGACAGUGAUGAGAGUUUUAGUGCUGUAAAACUCUCCCGCUCUAUUGGAGACCAAUUAUCAGAUUCCCAUAAUUCUAAAUCAGAGAGCAUAAAAAUAGGUCGGGAUGGAGGCAAGUUUUUGAAGAAAGCCACUCCCAGUCAGGCCCCUCUUGCAUCAAUAGAACCACCUAGAGCUACCACAGCACAACAAAACCGAGGACUUUCACCAGCCAAACAAUCCUUAGAUAGUCAACCUCAGAAGAAAAAAGCAUCUCCAUUCCAACUGAAGAGUUCAUUGAAGUAUUCAACUGAUGUUGUAUUAACCUCUGAAGAGGAAAGUUUGGCUGAGUUUGUUGGUGGCCUUCCGUCCUCGUCUGAUAGCAUGGACAUUAAACCUAAGAGACAAUAUGGUAGACCAACAGGACGUCACACCCCGCAGUCACCACCUGCAAAAGUCAGCAAAGGCAGGCGUAGCCCAUCACCACCACCUCCUAAUAAAUCCUCAGGAAGACCUACAUCCUCCAAAAGUCAAGGUCGUUCUCCAUCUCCACAGAAUAAACCACCAGUCCUGCGUCGCACACCAUCUCCUAGUCCCCGCAACACUGAUAGAUUGUCACCCGGUCUUAGACGGCGAUCACCGUCCCCUAAACUUAAAAGGUCAUAUUCUGAUGACUCAAAUGUAGCUGAAUCUAUAAUUGAUGAAAUAGCUGAUGACUUUGGAAUCAAUGACACAAAUGGAAGUACCCCUAGGGUAAAACGAACAGUUGUGGUAAUGGAUUUAGAUGACCUUGGACCUGUAGAUGACGCCGAACCUCUGUCUAGACCAGAUACCCCAAUCUCUCGUAGCGAUUCCCCUUCUCCUGUUAGAUCUACCGCAAGAAAAACAAAGAAAGAAAAGAAAGGCAGGGGAAAUAAAUCUACAACAAAAUCAACCUCUGAAACGUCUCUGAAAGGUAAAAAGAAUAAUGAAUCCCCAUUCAGAGCAAAGGCGGACAAAGAAUCUUCUGUAUUUAAAGCCAGUAAUGAUAGGGACAAAUCUCCAUUUAAGGCCAGCUCGGGUGGGAAUGAUUCACCUUUUAAAGCUAGUAACAAAAGGAAUGAAUCUCCAUUCAAGGCAGCUAAUAAUGAAUCUCCAUUCAAAGCAAAGGCAGACAGUUCCCCAUUUAGAGCCAGCAAUGAGGGGUCUUUGUUUAAAGCUUCAAAUAAGAGCAGCUCUCCAUUUAAAGCUCGUAGCUCUGACAGGUCGGAUAUGUCAGAUACCAGCAGAACAAGUUCUCCAGUCAAGUCACGUGGGAAAAGCUCAAAAAAGGCACAGAAAAAGAAAAAAAGAGAGCGUUCAAAGGAAAGAUCGAAAGGUAAAAAGGCUUCAGGAAAUGACCUUUUUAGUUCAUUUGGAUUACAGACCAUAGAUGAUUUAAUGGGACAUUCUAUUAAAGAGAGCGAGUAUGACAGUGUAAGAAGCGAGGUAGAAGAAGUAAAUAGUGAAGUGUCUGAAGAGAUAAGAACAGAGAAACCUGGUGCAUACAGUUAUAGUCAGAAAUUCGAAGACACUGAAACUGAAAUUGCUACAGAUUAUGAAACUACUAAACCUUCUACAGUAAAUUAUACAGAAGAUUUUGAUAGUAUAUCUGAGAAGAUAGGUUACAGCAGUGACAGAGGACGAUCAUCAGCGUCAGAGGUGAGAACAAAAUACAGUGGUGAUGAGACAGUGAGAAGUGACUCGGAGUUCACAGAGAGCGACACAGAAACAGUGAUAUCUGAGUCUAAAUUUACAGAAGAUGAAGAUGAUAAAACAUACAGUGAGAGUUAUUCUGAGUAUUCUGAGGAUUUCACUAAAAGUUUGGUGCCAACUACUUCCCGUUCUGAUGUAACACCACGUCCAAGGCGCGGCAUGACCACAGCUGAGGCACAGACAGCUAUGGAUGGGAUUUUAUAUUCUUGGGACCCAACAGGCUCUGGACUGGCCUUUCAAGGUGUUCCACAUGGACUUCAUUUUGUUGAUCCUACUCCAAUAGCAACACAUGUUGUAUCAGCAGACGCUCUUGAAACUAUGACAGCAUAUAGCCCUGCCAUGAUUGCCCUACAUGAUAUGUUGAAAGCACAGAUGGAGAUGACAAAAGAAUUCCUAUCCUCACAGAAACAAAUGUAUGAGGACUUUACCAGAAAUAUUAAACCAACCUUCAAGUAUACAACUCUAGAAGAUACUAAAAAGUAUAUAAAGAAACACAGAAGAAAGAAACUAUCCUUCAAAGAAGCCCUGCAGUUAGUGGACCUUGAGAUGGCCAAAACUUAACACUGCACUGACCAGACAGUUUUUAAAAUGGAUUGUGUAUAGCUAACUGUGAUAAUGUUUUUAUGCCCCCGCCAUGUAAUGGCCGGGGCAUAUAGUGUUACCCUGUUCCGUCCUUCCGUCCUUCCGUCAUUCCGUCAUUCUGUCAUUCCGUCAUCAUCAGUUUCCGUUCAUUAUCUUAGUAACAGUUGCACACAUUCAACUCAAAUUUGACAUAUGGAUAUGUCAUGAGAAAAUACAGGUCAAGUUCGAAUUUGGUCAUGGUUCGAUGAUUUUUGGCAGAGUUAUGCCCCUUUUACUUUAAAAUAAAAUGAAAUUUUCAGUUUCCGUUCAUUAUCUCCCCAACGGUACAACACAUUCAACUCAAACUUCACAUAUGGAUACGUCAUGAAAAAAUACAGGUCAAGUUCGAAUUUGGUCAUGGUUCGAUGAUUUUUGGCAGAGUUAUGCCCCUUUCACUUUGAAAUAAUAUGAAAUUUUCAGUUUCCGUUCAUUAUCUCCCCAACAGUACAACACAUUCAACUCAAAUUUGACAUAUAGAUAUAUCAUGAAAAAAUACAGGUCA